AUGGCCUUACCAGAUGUUAAAGUCACAGGUAUACCUCAUAAGGCAGGCAGUGAUUAUGGCGAUGGUGUUACUGAUCUUUCAAGCCAUGUCACUGCAACUAUUAGCUUUGCAUCGUGGCCAUUAGUUACUGUUAACAAGGGCCCCUCUUUCGCAGUCGCAACGGUAAAUGCCAAUGAAAAAGCCGCGGAGACCUUACCAACCCCAACGUCUCGCGACACUUCCAGGCUCUCUUCGGCUGACUUAGAGCAUACAAGCAGCGGAGCUCCUACCCGCUACAAGGAACCAACGGAAGCCAAGAACGGUAUAGAUUUCAGUAACUCCACCAUCCAACGUUCGCCAUGGCACACCAGACUCUCCCACGGGGCUAACGGUGGCAAAACACUUAUAACAACUGAAUAUGGAUGGCCGACGCUGCCAAGUACAUACACGGAGACAGGAAAUUAG